CUGCGCACAGCCAGCAAAGAGCGGCCCUCUCUGCAGCUUGUAACCGACUUCGACCCAGCUCAGCCCCUGAAAAUGCGGUUCCAGGCACCGCAGCUCGGCGCCCUUGGGGUGACCUUCAGCAUCAUGCGGGCUUGCCAGUUCGGCUCGCUUAUUGCUGUCAUUGGAUUGUGUGCCAACUUCAUCAACGAGAUCGCCACUGCCGAGCACAACUCUCCUGCCGAGCUCAUUGGCACUCUGACAGUGGCAGUCACAUCAGUCAUCUACGUUGUCAUUACCUACAUUCUUUACUACGACAACAUGCUCCCGCUGCUGGCCACCGGCUGCCUCGACGGCCUCCUUCUCAUCGCAUCCAUCGUGGUAGCCUCGCUGGUUGGCAAGCCUCUCUCGAUGCUCAACUGCGCCGCCCUUCCUGCUUCGUUCAGCUUGACAAGUGCUACUUUUUUCUCCUCAACCGGCGCCUCCAUCCGAGCAGCCGUUAUCACCAGAACUCUGUCCUAUAACACCUUUGUGGAGCUGGACCAGCCAACAUGCUUCGGAAUCAAGGCCGUGUGGGGCCUGUCCAUCGCGCUCUGCGUGCUCUUUGCCUUCUCAUCUCUGGUCUGCAUCGGCCUGUGGCACCGCAUCCGGCGCGAUGGCGCCGCAAACAACCCCAAAGAUAUUGAGGGUUAG